GUGAACAUCACGUGGUACUUUGGCGGGUAGUGCCUUAUUUUCGCGGGAAAUAAAAUCCACCCUCUCUCUCCUCUAAGCACUGACAAUGGCGGAAAACAUUUUAUCUAGUAGUUUUGGUGAGCCGAGCAGUCCUCCUGAAACACCUGCAGGUGGAGGUGUAGAAGAGCCCUUGAGUCCUUUUGAAGAUGAGAGAGACGCUCUGUUAGGAAAUGAAUCAGUUGUGAUGGAGGAAGAGGAGGGGGAGGAGCUUUUUGGAGACAACAUGGAACGUGAUUAUCGUCCUAUGCCUCAUCUUGAUGUGUAUGAUGAGAAUGUUGUUGAUGAUGAAGACUAUGAGGCUAUGCCGGCUGAUGCUAGAGCAGCUGCCGAGAGAGAAAUGAGAAAGAGAGACAGACAAGAGGCACUCUCUCAGGGAAGAAUGAGGCCUGGUCUUCUUUAUGAUGAAAGUGAAGAUGAUGAAACUGCUCCACCAUUGUCUAGUAGGAGACGUAGAGAACCUGGAAUGGAAGAAGCAAUGGAGGAUGUUGUGGAAACUAUUGAGAACCUUGAGGAUCAGAGAGGACACACUGUCCGUGAGUGGGUGAGCAUGGCCGUCCCUCGGGCUGAGAUCAAAGCUCGUUUUAAAAGAUUCCUUGCAACUCACAUUGAGAAUGGAACUAAUAUAUACAGAGAGAAGAUCAGACAGAUGUGUGAAGAGAAUAAAGAGAGUAUUGUUGUUAACUACAGUGCAUUAGCCAGUGUGGAACACGUUGUCGCUUACUUCUUACCCGAGGCCCCAGCAGAAAUGCUGGAAAUUUUUGAUGAGGCUGCAAAAGAAGUUGUACUCUCAAUGUAUCCAAACUACAUUAGGAUUGUAUCUGAUAUUCAUGUCAGGAUAUCAGACUUACCACUUAUUGAAGACCUCAGAUCAUUAAGGCAACUUCACCUGAACCAGUUGAUAAAGACAACUGGUGUUGUGACCAGCUCCACUGGUAUCCUCCCCCAGCUGAAGAUGAUUAAAUAUGAUUGUCAGAAAUGUGAUUUUAUCCUUGGGCCGUUUUAUCAGAAACAGGAUCAGGAAGUUAAGCCUGGGAACUGCCCAGAGUGUCAGUCAAGCGGCCCCUUUGAAAUAAACAUGGAACAAACUUUGUAUCAGAACUAUCAGAAGAUUACAAUUCAAGAGAGUCCUGGUAAGGUUGCAGCUGGUCGUCUCCCUCGCUCAAAAGAUGUCAUCCUCUUAGCUGAUCUUGUUGACUCCUGUAGACCAGGAGAUGAAAUUGAGCUGACUGGUAUAUACACUCAUAACUAUGAUGGCUCGCUCAACACUGCUAAUGGCUUCCCUGUCUUUGCUACUGUCAUACAGGCUAACUAUAUUGUUAGGAAAGAUGACAAGAUGGCCGUUGAAUCUCUUACUGACGAUGACAUUAAGAUGAUACACACUUUAGCACGGGAUGAGAACAUUAGUGAAAGAAUUUUUGCAAGCAUGGCUCCCUCAGUUUUUGGUCACGAGGAUGUAAAAAGAGCAAUGGCUCUAAGCCUCUUUGGUGGACUCCCUAAAAACCCAGGUGGUAAGCAUAAAGUGAGGGGUGACAUUAACGUGCUGCUUUGUGGAGACCCUGGAACAGCCAAGUCUCAGUUCCUCAAGUACAUGGAAAAGAUAGCCCCCAGACCUGUUUUUACAACCGGUCAGGGCGCCUCUGCUGUUGGUCUCACGGCCUAUGUACAGAGGAGUCCACUGACUAAAGAAUGGACGUUGGAGGCUGGAGCGCUGGUCCUUGCAGAUAAAGGGGUGUGUCUUAUUGAUGAAUUUGAUAAGAUGAAUGAUCAGGAUCGUACUAGUAUUCACGAAGCAAUGGAACAGCAAAGCAUAUCAAUAUCAAAGGCUGGAAUUGUCACAUCACUUCAAGCAAGAUGCUCCAUUAUUGCAGCUGCCAAUCCAAUCGGUGGUCGUUAUGAUCCUUCGUCAAACUUCUCUGAAAAUGUUGAUUUGACUGAACCAAUUCUCUCUCGUUUUGAUAUUCUUUGUGUCGUAAGAGAUAUAGUGGAUCCUGUAGAGGAUGAAUUAUUGGCUAACUUUGUUGUGGACAGUCACAUCUUUCAUCAUCCAUCAAAUGAUAGUGCCAAUGAAGGACAGUUCUCUCUUCCUUCAAGAAAUAAUGUUGAGCCAAUACCACAAGAUGCUUUAAGGAAGUACAUAGUGUAUGCUAAGGAGAGGGUUCAUCCCAGCAUUAGUCAAAUGGAUACUGAUAAAGUACCUAAACUUUAUGCCGAAUUGCGCAGGGAAUCACUGAGGACAGGCAGUAUACCAGUCACUGCUAGACACAUUGAGUCUCUCAUAAGGAUAUCAGAGGCUCAUGCUAAGAUGCAUCUGAGGGAUUUUGUGAUAGACGAAGACGUGAACAUGGCAAUAAGAGUGAUGCUGGAGAGCUUUAUAGACACACAGAAAUACUCAAUAAUGAAGACAAUGAGAAAGGCCUUUUCCCGGUAUUUGGCGUACAAGAAAGACAAUAAUGAGCUCUUGUUGUUCAUACUGAAGCAGCUGGCCAGUAACCAGAUGAGUUAUAAUCGUAAUCGUUAUGGCAGUGAUGUGCAUGACAUUAUUGAAGUACCAGAAGAAGACUUAGUGGAAAAGGCACGACAGAUUAAUAUUCACUCUCUUUCCUCAUUCUAUGAGUGUGAUCUGUUUGCAAACAAUAAAUUUUCUUAUGACAAGAAGAGGAAAAUUAUUAUUCAAACACUCUGAGAGAGAGAAGGAGGGAUUGUUCAUGAGUACUUCAUAUCCUCAUCUUAGUUAAUAUCUUAUGAAUAAACUAACUACAGUGUAUUCUGCUAACUUUACAAGCACAUAAAUCACAAAGACAGACAUUAA